AAUACAAAAUACUACUGUCAUAGAGCAAACUAUUGUUUUAUUUUUAUUUAAGUAAAAGUAUUGUUAUUGUGACAAAUCGAUUCAGAUAUUUUUGGCUAUUAAGAAAUACAUUAUAAUUAGUGCUUGUGUGAAAUAAAUAAGAUGUCCGUUCCGCCGCAAGCUUUCGUUAAUAAAAAUAAGAAACAUUUCCUGGGGAUCCCGGCCCCCUUAGGUUAUGUAGCUGGUGUAGGUAGAGGUGCUACUGGGUUUACUACGCGGUCUGAUAUUGGUCCUGCAAGAGAUGCUAAUGACAUAUCUGAUGAUCGUCACGCACCGCCUGCCGCUAAACGCAAGAAAACAGAGGAAGAAGAUGACGAUGAAGAUUUAAAUGACUCCAAUUAUGAUGAGUUCUCGGGAUACAGUGGUUCAUUAUUUUCAAAGGAUCCCUAUGACAAAGAUGAUGCAGAGGCUGAUGCUAUAUAUGAAUCAAUUGACAAACGAAUGGAUGAGAAAAGAAAGGAAUACAGGGAAAAACGUCUUAAAGAAGACUUGGAAAGAUACCGUCAAGAGAGGCCAAAGAUACAGCAACAAUUCUCAGAUUUGAAACGUGAAUUAAAAAUGGUGUCUGAAGAUGAAUGGGCAGCAAUACCAGAAGUAGGUGACGCUAGAAAUAGAAAGCAACGUAAUCCCAGAGCAGAGAAGUUCACACCUUUACCAGACAGUGUUCUGUCUCGUAACCUUGGAGGAGAGUCGACAUCGACUAUCGAUCCUAGUUCAGGUUUGGCGUCUAUGAUGCCAGGGGUGAUGACACCUGGAAUGUUGACUCCUUCAGGUGAUUUGGAUCUCAGAAAAAUUGGUCAAGCAAGAAAUACUCUUAUGACAGUGAAACUAUCACAAGUGUCAGAUUCUGUCACAGGUCAAACUGUCGUAGAUCCAAAAGGUUAUCUGACAGAUUUACAAUCAAUGAUUCCUACUUAUGGAGGUGAUAUUAAUGAUAUCAAGAAAGCUAGAUUAUUGCUGAAGUCUGUCCGAGAAACUAACCCCAAUCAUCCUCCAGCCUGGAUAGCCAGUGCUAGAUUAGAAGAGGUUACAGGUAAAAUUCAGUCAGCUCGUAACCUCAUAAUGAAGGGCUGCGAGGUGAACCCCAGCAGCGAGGAGCUGUGGCUGGAGGCGGCGCGUCUGCAGCCGCCCGACACCGCGCGGGCCGUCAUCGCGCACGCCGCGCGCAACCUGCCGCACAGCGUGCGCGUCUGGGUGAAGGCGGCCGACCUGGAGCAGGAGACCAAGGCAAAACGUCGAGUAUACCGCAAGGCCUUGGAGCACAUACCGAACUCUGUACGUUUAUGGAAAGCUGCAGUCGAGUUAGAAAACCCAGAAGACGCUCGAAUAUUGCUCUCUAGAGCCGUUGAGUGUUGUCCUACAAGCGUAGAGCUGUGGUUAGCGCUGGCGAGGUUGGAAACAUAUGAAAAUGCAAGGAAAGUUCUGAACAAGGCUCGUGAAAAUAUACCUACAGAUCGACAGAUUUGGGUUACUGCUGCCAAACUUGAAGAGGCUCAUGGUAAUACUCAUAUGGUGGAGAAGAUCAUCGACCGUGCCAUCACAUCUUUGAGCGCGAAUGGUGUAGAAAUUAAUCGAGAACAUUGGUUCAAAGAAGCAAUGGAAGCAGAAAAAUCGGGAGCUGUACACACGUGUCAGGCCAUUAUUCGUGCGGUUAUUGGACACGGAAUCGAGCCAGAGGAUCAAAAGCAUACUUGGAUGGAAGACGCCGAAGCGUGUGCAAACGAGGGCGCGUACGAGUGCGCGCGCGCGGUGUACGGGUACGCACUGUCGGUGUUUCCGUCCAAGAAGUCGAUAUGGUUGCGGGCCGCCUACCUGGAGAAGCAGCACGGCUCGCGGGCCAGCCUCGAGGCCUUGCUGCAGCGUGCUGUGGCCCACUGCCCCAAGAGCGAGGUGCUUUGGCUAAUGGGCGCCAAGUCUAAAUGGCUGGCCGGGGAUGUGCCAGCCGCCCGAGGUAUUCUAUCCCUGGCUUUCCAAGCAAACCCCAACUCUGAGGAAAUUUGGUUAGCUGCCGUUAAAUUAGAAAGUGAGAACAAGGAGUACGACAGGGCUAGACGUCUCUUAGCUAAGGCUAGGGCUUCAGCUCCUACGCCUCGGGUAAUGAUAAAGUCAGCUAAACUCGAAUGGGCGUUGAAUAAUCUAGACGUCGCUUUGAACCUUCUAGAAGAGGCAAUUAAAGUGUUCAGUGACUACGCUAAACUUUACAUGAUGAAGGGUGAAAUAGAAGAACAAAUGAGCAAAGACGAUGAUGCACACAAUACUUAUUCACAGGGUUUGAAAAAAUGCGCGACGUGUGUACCGAUGUGGAUUUUAUUAUCGAGAUUAGAGGAGAAAUUGAAACACGUAACGAAAGCUAGAUCUGUUCUAGAAAAAGCGAGACUUAGAAACCCUAAGAAUCCAGAUUUGUGGCUGGAGAGCGUGCGGCUGGAGCAGCGCGCGGGCUGCGGCGAGGCGGCGGGCGCGCUGCUGGCCAAGGCGCUGCAGGACUGCCCCGCCGCCGGCCGCCUGUGGGCGCACGCCAUCUUCGCGGAGGCGCGCCCGCAGCGCAAGACCAAGAGCGUGGACGCGUUGAAGAAGUGCGAGCACGACGCGCACGUGCUGCUGGCGGUGUCGCAGCUGUUCUGGAGCGAGAGGAAGCUCAACAAGUGUCGCGAGUGGUUCAACCGCACCGUAAAAAUCGAUCCAGAUCUCGGUGACGCGUGGGCUUAUUUCUACAAGUUCGAAUUACUCCACGGCAACGAACAGCAACAAGAGGACGUCAAAACUCGGUGUAAAGCAGCGGAACCGCACCAUGGGGAGCAGUGGUGUAAAGUUUCCAAGGACAUCGCUAAUUGGUGCUUUAGUACCGAACAGAUACUACUGUUGGUAGCGAAAAAUUUACCCGUUCCUACCUAAUUAAUAAAAAGUAUUUAUAUCUCUAUAUAUACAUGCAUAUUGUGUAUAUUGUGUAUGAGUGCAACAUGCAUAUUGUGAAAAAGUAAUGGAGAAAUUUCAGUUUUUCCAUCGAAAGUAUCAAAACAUUUUUAUGAAGGUAUUAUUAUUAAUGUUGGAUAUUAAUAAAAAAUAAACAAAAUGUAAUAAUAA